CGUAGCAUAGGCUACAAAUUAAAUUACAAGCAACAGAUGCAGUCAAAGUCAGCCUAUACAGCAGCGAAAGCUCAGUCAAAGACCAACGACCCAUCAAGACAGUCUAUCAAGCAUGCACGCCAAGCAGAUGCAGGAGAAGUGAGUGCACGUAAAUCACGCCCAGCUAUUGUACCUGGUGGGAGGCGUCAUGGAAACUCAGGAGUGGCUGUUGGUGCAAAACUGCUGCUGAAACCUGAUGAUCAGCUGGAACUCACAGACGAGGAACUCAAAGAUGAGGUGACUCGUGUUCUAACAUCAAAUCAUGCACAAAUUGUGACAGACCUUGUGGAAUACAGCUACAAAGAAGGCCGCUAUGUUGUACUUCCUUCUACAGGAGCAACCUUCAUUAUAUUCAGAACUGAAGGCACAAUUUUACACAAAGAUUCAGACGAAGCCCGCCAACAACUGUUUGGAGAAGGUGGUGGGUUUGUCCCUACAGGACUGGCGUUUGCUUAUAUUAGCAAUUAUCCUAACUGCUCUCUUUUGAAGCCUGAAAAUGCGAUCCAAAUAGACAGUGGGUGCCCCACCCUGGACCUCGAUCCCAUAUUGCAGAUGUGA